CUCUGUCUCAGCAUGGACGGGAACUACGUCAGGCAUGUGGAGCUGUUGGGCUUCGAGAAACGUCUCUAUCCGAGUCAGCACUACGUGUACAUGCUGAUGGUGAAAUGGAGCGACCUCUCUGAGAAGCUGAUCUACAGGACGUAUCCUGAGAUCCACACCCUCCAUAAAUCGCUGAAGGAGAUGUUUCCCAUCGAGUCUGGUGAAAUAGAUAAGAAGGACAGAAUCAUUCCUUCGUUACCAGCGCCGCGGUGGGUGGACAGCCAGAAGUCGACAGAAACCAGGCAGAGCACUUUGGCGGAGUACUGCCACUCUCUCAUCAACCUGCCGCCUCACAUCUCCCGCUGCAAACACCUCACCAACUUCUUCAAGGUCCGGCGUGAGGACGAAAAUCCACCUGCCCCAAACACAUUGAAAAAAAAUGAGACAUUUGUGGAGUCCAGGGAGUUGGCCAGAGGCAACGCAUCUGAGAUCUCUGGACCCAUCAUACUGGACACUUACAGAGUGGUCGCAGACUUCACCAAGACAUCCAAACAUGAGAUCAAUCUGCACAUCGGAGACCUGGUGGAAAUUGUAGAGAAAAGUCAGAACGGUUGGUGGUUCUGCCAGUAUGAGAAUAAACAUGGCUGGGUUCCUGCAUCCUAUUUGGAGCCUUUGGACGGACCAGAGGAGGCAGAGGAGGAUGAACCAAACUACGAAGGAGAGCUGCACGUCACCAUCAAAGCGUACAAGGCGGAGCAGGAGGACGAGAUCUCUCUGGACCUCGGUGAAACCAUCGAGGUCAUUCACAAGCUGCUGGAUGGCUGGUGGGUCGUCAGGAAAGGAGAUGAGACUGGUUAUUUUCCCUCCAUGUUCCUGCACAAGGCCGGCAAGAGAGAGAUAUAUGAAGCAGAGAGGCUGAACCUGCAGGAACAGAAACCACCACCCCGCAGGUCCACCAUCCGAAAUGCCAAGAGCAUCCACAAGAGGGGUCGUCAGCAGCUCAGCCAGGACAGCUACCGCAGGAACAGCCGGCAAUACCUCCAGCAGAAGGGCGGCCACCUCGCAGUGCCACACAAGAACGCUCAAAAGUCACCACUGAGGGAGAGGAAGAACAAGGAAAACAUUCCUGAGCUGUCUGGCUCCAGUUCAGAGAGCGAGCUGAAGAAGGAGGCUCCGGUCAUCCCUCCCCGGCCCAGUACGGAGCUCAUCCUGGAGCGCUGCAGCGACAACACCCGCAAGAAAGUCAGCAUCCACAAGUCACACUCCAGCUCCACAAGCUAGCACGGGAGUCACCGCAUGUCGUGAAACCCGGCUUUUUUGCUUCCUAAAUGUUUUGCAGACGGUUCAGAUUCAAGCGUAGACUAAUAGGAGAUCAGUUAGACGGAGAAUGGCAGGUGGUCAUUUGAGUAAAAGUCAUGGAACUGGGAUUCGGAAAAUUUCCAGCAACUAUGAAAGACUAUUUUUUUAUUUAAUUGUGACUUUAAAGAAUAAGUCUAUUAUGUCUUUAUUGUCAAAAAAUCCCAUGCAAAAAAACCCAAAACCAACACCAUGUUAGACCCACUCUCAGUUCUUCCUGUCUGUGGCGCUCAGCUCCAAACAUCUCACAAAUAUUUAUAGUAAUUUCCGAAAAAACACUUGGUCACUGAGGAAACAGUGCAUUUGUUGGGGACUGGUUUCAGUAGCGGAUAAAUCCACAUUUGCUUCUAUGGUGAAGAAGAGAUAUCAGGCUUACACUCAUGAUGUUUGGUUCCUUCCACUGAGUUUGUAAACAAGUUAUUCUUUAAAAAGCUUUACUUUGAUGCCAUCUUGCAGUCAUAUUAAGAAUAACACGGUGGCAGCACAUACGGUGCAAUGAAUUUCCUAAUGUUUCUACAUACAAAAACAAAGAUACACUCACUGAACUGAUUCUGAUUUAUUGCCCCCAGACUUUACUCCCAGCUCAGUGUUGAUGUUUGCUACCACAGCUGUGUUUUUAAACAUCAACAAUCCCAACUUGAUUAUCUAAUUUUCAUAACCCUUAAACUGUAACUUUAUGAUCAGGAAACACAUUUCUCGUUAUUGGCAUUGUGGUGUUGAUAACAGUAUCGUUGUGUUUAGGCUUCUUUUCAUUCUUGUGUAAUUUUUGUGCCGUCUCCAGGCUAAGAAUGAAUUUAACUAUCUAAUAAUGUAUCUCCAUAUAAUGAAACAUUUAAAGAAAGAGUUUGAUAUUUUGGGAAAUACGCUUUCUGGUGGAGAUUAGAUGAGAAGAUUGAGAGCGCUCUUACAUCAGCACCCAGUUAGAUUAGCUUAGCACAAAGACUGGAAACAGGGGCGAACAGUUAGCCUGGCUCUGUCUAAAGAUAACAAAAUUCUCCUAUCAGCACUUCUGAAGGUCACUUUAUUAACACUUUCUAUGUUUUUUGUAGAGUAUAUAAAUUCCCUGUUUUAUGGUGGGUUACGUGCCAAACAAUUUCUUGACUCUGCACAGUGUCGUUGCAAGUUUCCAACCAGUGGAAACUCAAGGAAGUUACACACAAGAUGUCGUUUUUACACUUCAUUUUUUUGUAGAAGUAAACAAAUGAGAUAUAACGUGUUAAUUAAUGAGCCCUAGAGGUGCUGGUUGGUGGAUUUUGUUCUCUUUAGACAAAGCCAAGCUACCCCCCCCUGUUUCCAGUCUGUAUGCUACGCUAAACUAGCAUGACAUCAAGCUUUUCAUCUCUGCUAGACAGCAAAUAAGUCCUGGUCUUCAAUAAUAAUCAACAAUAUUUGAAAUUUAAUUAUCUAAAAAUCGUAAGAUCAAACACCUACAUGUGAGCACUAUUUGUUAGCCUAGGCUAAUCUGAGAACUGAUGUUAACUGGCCUAAAAUAUUUUAGCUAUCGCCGCCGCGGCACCACGAUAGUGUAACAAAAACGGCAAAACCUGCUUAGAUUUUUCUCUCCGAAAAUCCAGCACGACUUGUUUUGCUUUUAUUUGAUGUGUUCAGCAACCUCGCUGUUUGCCGCUGGUGUUCACAUUUGCACUGCAAGAAGAAAGAUGCUAUGAAAAAGAUAUGUUUCCUUGUUAAAGGUGAAUUCAUUUGGUUGCAAUGUAUAAUUUUAUUUCUGUUUGUGUCGUAUGUGUGGAAGCAUUUAGAUCUAUUUCCAAGCAUGUGAUAUGUAGAGCUUUGUUUUUUUUAAUUUGCUAAAUAUGUGUAUAAAAUAAUAAAACAAAAUGUACAAA